AUGUCUUUGCCAAUUGCUACGUAUAACUUGGCCUUGAAUCCAUUUCAGCCUACUCCUGCUCUUGAAGAGGAUUAUCCAGUCACUGUGAGAAUCAGUUUGGCUGCUUUGGACCCAGAAGCAACUGAUGACAAGGAAGAGCCAUCAACUUUGAGAAUCUUGAAGAAGCUGAUAGAUUUCGAUGAGGAUGAUGAUGAGGAUGAUGACGAAGAUGAGGAUGAUGACGAUGAAGAUGAAGAUGAAUUGGAUGAAAUCAAGGAGAAAGGAAAUGGUAAGGUCAAAAAGGCCGAUGCUGAAGACGAUGACGAUGAAGAAGAAGAAGAAGAUGAUGAUGAAGACGAUGAACUCGAUGAGGAUAUCGAAGAAUUUGUUGUUUGUACUUUGUCACCAAAACACCAAUACCAACAAACACUUGACCUCACCAUCCUUCCUGAUGAGGAAGUCUAUUUUGUUGUGACUGGUUCUUACCCAAUCCACCUCACUGGUAACUACAUCGAGCAUCCAGCCAACGAUGACGAAGACGACUAUGAUGAAGAGUACGACGAUGAAUACGACGACGACGAUGAAGAUGAUGAUGAAUACGAUUUGACCCCUGAUGAAGACGAAAUCAUUGAGGAAAUUGAAGAAGAGCAAGCAGAACCAGGUAAGAUCGAAGAAAUCGUUGAGGAAACCAAGAAAAGACCUGCAUCAGAAGCCGUUGACGAGCAAGAAGAAGAAAAAGGAGGAAAAGAGUCCAAAAAAGCCAAAGCAGCUAAAAAGGCUAAAAAGGCUGAGAAAACCGUGCAAUUUACUAAGGAGUUGGAACAAGGUCCAAGCGGCUCCACUUUUGAGAAAAAGAAAUACCCAACAAAAACCUUACUUGGAGGUGUCAUUACUGAAGACAGAAAACAAGGAUCAGGUCCAGAAGCUAAAUCAGGAAACAAAGUGGGUAUCAGAUACAUUGGUAAACUCAAAAACGGUAAAGUGUUUGAUAAAAACACUUCGGGCAAACCAUUUUCGUUCAAAUUAGGUAAAGGUGAAUGUAUUAAAGGUUUCGAUUUAGGUGUUGCUGGUAUGAGUGUUGGCGGCGAGAGAAGAGUUAUUAUCCCACCAAAAAUGGGUUACGGUUCCCAGCUGCUUCCUGGAAUUCCAGCAAACUCUGAGUUGACUUUUGACAUCAAGUUAGUUUCAUUAAAGUAA